UACAUUUUUAAAUGCAAGGUGCCACUUCAUUAGUUGUGAAUAUCGGAUAAUAAACAUGAUUUUUAGACUCAUUUUCAUAUCACCUAGAUUUUUUUGUUGUAUGUUGGAAUACAUUUUUACGUCUCAUUCAUGUAGCACUGUGAGAUGCCCGUUGAUGCUAAGUAACCUCCAUAAUGGUGGUGAUCAGGUUUCUCAGCAUGCAAUGACUUGGUGUGAGAAUUGAGUGAUUUGAGCUUUUGCAUUGUCUUGCUUAUCCUCCCCCUUGCAGUCAAUGUAGCCUUUAUUUGUGUACUUUGUAUCAAGUCUACUCUGAAAACAUAUAAUCCUAAAAGAUGGAAUUUAGUUUGAUGUUUCAGUAGAUUCCAACGUGUAAAGGAAGCAUUUAGCAUUUUUUGUUGUAAAAUUGUCAUGUGUGGGCUUAGAAACCACAAGGAAUUUGUCAUGGCUGCAGAAAUGUGGCUUAUGGGAGUUUGAGGGGCAUAUUUGCCACAAAAGACCAUUUUGCAUAUGUGUAUUCCUUUUGUCCUAAAGAACGGCACAUACUUAUGUUACUGCUUUUUUCAGCCACUGGUUAAAUUAUUUAUAUUGAUCAGUGGUUGAUCAAUCUAAUUGUAAUUGAGAAAGGGUGGUAGUUGGGAGGAAGGCUUGAGAGAGCUUUUGGGCUGAGUUUCCUGGCUGUCUCACAUGAGAAACAGGAUGUGGAGGUUAAUCUUCAACCGAGUGUCUGCCAAAUACCACUCAUUUUUCAUGGGCAAAGCUGUGGGAAAGGGAACUGUUUGCUCUUUCCACCUUUAACAUUAGGGGGUAUCAAGGGAAUGCUUUGCCUUAAAUGCAGUUUAGACAAUUGGUCAACCUUGUUUUUCUAAUUGAUCUUGGUAGAAUUAUACAUUCUAACUUUUUACUUUCUAGUAAUUCCUAUUAUGGACAUUCAACAUACAUUUAGAAGUGGUGAGGCACUGGCAAUCUCCCAAGUCUUAUUUGUAUUAAAAUAAUAAACUAUCUGUAACAUAUCUAUCACCCAACCUUAAUGGUGGCAGUACAGCUCCAGAUGUCAAAUGCUAUUGCGAAUUUGGUUUAUGAAACUUAACAAUUUUAUGUUCUGCAUGAUUCCUUUGAGGGGCAGCGGGUAGCCUAGUGGUUAGUGCGUUGGGCCAGUAACAAAGGUUGCUAGAUCGAAUCCCCGAGCUGAGAAGCAGUGUCCACGAUAUUACAGUUGGUACAAAGAGAGGAUCAGACGAGCUUUUCUCCUGCGUGGCAAACGGACCCUAUAUAAUGACCAGCGCAACAGCCAAUGGCAACGACAGCAAGAAGUUCAAAGGUGACAUAAGGGGCCCGGGCAUCCCGUCACGCGUCAUCCACGUGCGCAAGCUCCCCAACGACAUCAACGAGGCCGAGGUCAUCUCCCUGGGCCUGCCCUUUGGCAAAGUCACCAACCUGCUCAUGCUCAAAGGAAAAAACCAGGCCUUCAUAGAGAUGAACACUGAGGAUGCAGCUCAGACCAUGGUCAGCUACUACUCCUCGGUGACGCCGGUCAUCCGCAACCACCCCAUCUUCAUGCAGUACUCCAACCACAAGGAGCUCAAGACGGACAACUCCCCCAACCAAGUGAGAGCCCAGGCGGCACUGCAGGCAGUGAACGCAGUCCAGGCAGGGGGCAUGCCCAUGGCAGGGGGCAUGCCCAUGGCAGGGGGCAUGCCCAUGGCAGGGGGCAUGCCCAUGGCAGGGGGCAUGCCCAUGGCAAGUGUGGAUGCCUCAGGGGGCAUGGGCGGGCACAGCCCUGUGCUGCGCGUUAUAGUGGAAAACCUGUUCUACCCAGUCACCCUGGACGUGCUGCACCAGAUCUUCUCUAAGCUCGGCACAGUGCUUAAGAUUAUCACCUUUACCAAAAACAACCAGUUCCAGGCCCUGCUGCAGUACUCGGACGGUCUGACCGCACAGCACGCUAAACUGUCUUUAGAUGGGCAGAACAUCUACAACGCCUGCUGCACCCUCCGCAUCAACUUCUCCAAGCUGACCAGCCUGAAUGUGAAGUACAACAACGACAAAAGCCGCGACUACACGCGGCCUGACCUGCCCACGGGAGACAGCCAGCCCUCCAUCGACCACCAGGCCAUGGCUGCAGCCUUCGGUGAGUACUAUGGUGCUCCCGGGAUCAUCUCAGCCAACCCGUACGCAGGAGCUCAUGCCUUCCCCCCGGCAUUCGCCAUUCAGCAAGCUACAGGCCUGACGAUGCACGGUGUCCCUGGAGGCCUGGCUCAACUGACCAUGCCCGUGGCUGCAGCCGCGGCGGCUGCAGGCAGAAUGGGCUUCCACCAACUCUCCGGUGGCCACUGUGUCAUGCUGGUCAGCAACCUCAACCCAGAGAGAGUUACGCCCCAAUGCCUCUUUAUUCUUUUCGGUGUAUAUGGUGACGUGAUGAGAGUGAAGAUCCUGUUCAACAAGAAGGAGAACGCUCUGAUCCAGAUGUCUGAUGGGACUCAGGCGCAGCUAGCAAUGAGCCACCUGAAUGGCCAGAGGCUCCACGGGAAAGCGCUGCGCGUCACCCUGUCCAAACACACCAAUGUCCAGCUGCCCCGCGAGGGCCAUGAGGACCAGGGCCUGACAAAGGACUACAGCAACUCACCCCUUCACCGCUUUAAGAAGCCCGGCUCCAAGAACUACUCUAACAUAUUCCCUCCCUCAGCCACCCUGCACCUUUCAAACAUCCCACCCUCUGUGGUUGAGGAUGACCUCAAGAUGCUGUUUGCGAGCUCCGGUGCAAUGGUCAAGGCCUUCAAGUUCUUCCAGAAAGACCGCAAGAUGGCCUUGGUCCAGAUGAGCUCAGUUGAGGAGGCCAUAGAGUCCCUCAUCGAGUUCCACAAUCACGACCUGGGUGAGAACCACCACCUGAGGGUCUCCUUCUCCAAAUCUACCAUCUGAGGGGUGCAGCCCAAAACACUGCUGAUGGGCCGCCCACAUCCCUUCACGACCUCUACUAUGUCAAGUUGUGGGGAAGCGACUCUUCAGUCGUGAAGUAGCAUCCAACACAGCAAUCACUUCCAUCAUUCCUAGUAUAUUUAUAUACGUAUAUCUACAUAUGUCGACCUAUAAACCAUAUGGAAAAGAAACGUGCACACCCAAAUUUACUGGGUAAAAAAAAGUUUUAUAUUUCUAGCAUCUUGCCUUUGCGAGGUAAAUGCAUUCCUUGCUCUCUGCACUGACAGAAGUAGUUUACACUUGCCUGUCUAAGUCUGAUUUAAGAGAUUGGCGUAGCCUAAACUUCAGUCUUUUGGUAAAUUCCAUUUGCCCUUGGGUUCCAACACCACUAGGUUCUGAGGCUGACGCCUCAUGCCCUCUUUGCCUUCAGAUGUUUUCUGUGCCUUAUUCCAGAAGUCUUAUGUCCUUCAAUUUGAUACGUUGGCAUUUUACAGCCAAAACAAAAUUUAGCUUAUCUUCCUCUCCCCAAUCCUUGCUUGCGAAGACCAGGUUUACAGCUGAUAUGGGUUUACCGUUUGUAUAAAAUGUAUUACAAGGUGGUUCACCCCCCCCCCCAAUGUAUUAUGAAGGUUUUCUUUUUAGUCUUAUUUUAAAAUUAAGAUGAGCUAGUUAGUUGAAGAUUAAAUCCACAACUCAUUAUCUAGCUUUUUUAUUUUUUAAAUAUGUAAACCCCUUGUACCAGGGUUUGUGAUUAUUAGUCUUGUUUACUGUAUGUCUAGAUGUAGGUUUGCAUUUUUUAUGAAAUUUAUGCAAUACGUUUUGUACAAAUCCAGUAUUGUACACAUUGUUAUUCAUAUAUACUGUUGGUUGUAGCUUAUAGGUAUUGGUCAGUGGUUGCCUUCACAACUGUGCCUUAGCAAAAGGUCUUACUAGAAAUGUAUGGCUUACAAUGUCUUAUGAUUUUUGUCUUAAUGGCUUGCCUCUCCUGAUGCAGUGGCUGUCAAUUUAGUAUAUUUAUACAAUUUUGUGAUACACUACAGCGUAAAACCAAAUAAGGCCUUUUUGCAAGUUAUUUUAGUGAACCUGUAUACACAGCUUUAUUCAUAAUGCACUGCCACAGAGUUGUGGUAGUCUGCCUGCCCAUUAUAGCACAUUUUACAAGGUUCUUACGGGGAUCAAACAGAAGCGGACUAUUGUGACUCUGCUGCUGUGAAUUAUAAAAUAAACGUAUGAAUUGGAAGCGUCUCAGUUGCAUGCCAAGAUGAAUGAUGGUUAUUUGAUAUUUACAUGUGGGGUUAGUAACCUUUAUUGUACAGGGCUGUGACUUAAUGCAGUCAUUGCUAACGGCAAUGCGGCACCCUCUCAUGUAGUCUAUGGACUGAACGUUCAUCUUAAAUUGAGAUCCAUUUUGCGUUUUUGGAGAAGUGCCUUUCAAAUGAAGCCUUUUUUGGUCUGUUUAUACACGUAUGUUUACGUAAUGAACGUAUGUUUCUGCCUUAAGUGCCCUCAGGCUCAUAGGAAAUGCACACAUCUGUCAAAUGUAAAGGUCUGCAGUGAUUCUGGGCGCUUGCUACAGUGAAGGUGGACACUUUGUUGUAGAUCACAUUUUAAAAGGUAAUUAUCAGUCUUAAUACUUGGACAUUCCACAUGUGCAUCAUUUUAUAUUGGGCAAAUGUUGGUUCUUUUCUCACAAUUAAUUGUGCAUCAAGUUCCAUAUUUUAAAUUGGUGCAAAGCAAUAGAAUUUCAGGGUCAUGUGAGGAACCAGUGCUCAGACAUUGUUCCAUCACUAGUUUUCUUGAACACCAGUUUAUUACAUGCUAACCUAUUCAUAAUUGGACUCCAGCAAUGCAGAAGAAUGACAAUUUGUUUGUAGAUUACUCAAGAAUAUGCGACACUAGUCUCCAUAUCAAUAUGUAGCAUGUAUUGCUAUUAAAGGUAUUUUACUUGCUUUGCAUACCCCAGGCCAGGAGUGGAUUUCCCAAUUAUGCAAAAUUGCACAGCAUUUAAAAUCAUUACCUCGAUCACUUAACAUUAAGAUUGCAGGAUUUCUUCAAGUGAGGUGAUUGUCGGGGGGGGGGGUGAAAAGCGGUAUAUUCAUUUUUUUGUACCACAAAGUAGGUAUUCUGAAACGAUAAGUUUUAUAUCUAUAAAACAUAUUUUGAUUGCAAUUAGCUUGGGACCUUUUCUUCUGGGCCGCUCAGUAAAGAAGACAAACAUCACAAUUAAAUUGUUGGGAAAAAAAAAGAAAUGGGUCCCUUUUGGUCAUUAGUGUUCCGUGUAGCUUGAACCUUUCUUAAUUGUGCCUUCAAUAAAUAUUUUCACUGCU